AAUGCCCUUCUUCAGUGUUGAAGCCAAAAAUGAGAACCGUGGGUCAGCCACUGUUUCCUGGCUCAGGGAUGUCACAGUGGAGGUGUAUGGUCACAGAGUCAUGAUACCCAAAGGUAGUUUGGGGUCAGUCCAGGUAGAUGGCUUGAUGAAGACUUUACCAGUUCAACUUCAGCUUGGGGCUGUAAGGGUGUAUCAGUCUGGAGUUGCCAUUGCUUUAGAAACAGACUUUGGACUCUUGGUAACAUAUGAUGGUCAGCACUACGCAUCCAUCUCUCUACCAAGCUCCUACUUCAACAACACUUGUGGCCUUUGUGGAAACUAUAACGAUGACCCUGCUGAUGAUCCCGUACUUCCUGAUGGCUCCAUGGCAGAGAACUUGGCAGAGCUGGGAGGCAGCUGGCGGGCGGAGGACACUGACUGGAGGUGUACCGAUGGCUGCAUUGAGAACUGCAGCAUGUGUGACGCCGCGACAGAAGCUUUUUAUUUUCGGUCAGACUACUGUGGACUCAUCAACAAAACCGACGGUCCGUUUCGGGACUGCAGAGCAGUUGUGGACCCUACAGCCUUUGUGUACAGCUGUGUCUAUGACAUGUGCAGCAACAGGGAUAACAUGACCACUCUAUGUCAAGCUAUCCAAGCCUACGCUCUUGCUUGUCAGGCUCUUGGUGUCACAAUUCGACCAUGGAGAACUCGCACCUUCUGCGCAUUGCAGUGCCCAGACUUCAGCCAUUACGAAGUGUGCACAAGUGCGUGCCCGGCCUCCUGCUCAGAUCUCACUGCUCCGUUGUACUGCGCUCACCCCUGUACCGAAGGCUGCCAGUGUGACUCCGGCUAUGUUCUGAGUGGCAGUCGCUGCGUACAGCCCGAUGAGUGUGGUUGUGAGCAUAACGACUUAUAUUACCCCCUUAAUGGUACUUUCUGGGCUGGCCACAGUGGUGAGGAAGGGGACUGUGCCCUCCGCUGCACCUGUGGACUCGCUGGAGAGGUUUCCUGCUUCAAUGAGUCCUGUAAAGAGGGUGAGGUGUGCGUGGCUGAGCUUGGUUUGAUGGGUUGCUACCCUCGGAGGGAGGGCGUGUGCUCAGUCACUCAGAACUCUGUGACGUCCUCCUUUGACGGCACCUUCCUGCUGUUCCCGGAUGAUAGCUCUUUCUACCUCUUGAAGCUCUGUGGACCUGUUCCAGCUAAUGCUUCCAUGGUGGAGGUGAAGAUAGGUAGACGACUGGUUAACAAAGGCCCCACUUGGAAAAGACCUGUUAUUGUUACGGUAGCUCACCUUGAGGCCCAGAUGGGAGGAUCUGAUUUUGAUACAGUAAAGGUAAAUGGAGAGCCAGUUGUGCUUCCGUAUGUUCAUCCAAUGGAGACCAUGAUGAUCUAUAAGGCGCCUGGAAAUGCUACUGUGGUGGAGUCUCGGGGUCUACUUCGAGUCCACUACACGCGUCAAGGAUUCCUCAACAUUUCCCUCUCCACCAUCUUCUACAACGUCACGUGUGGCCUUUGCGGCGUCUUCAACAGCAAUGCCACAGACGAUCUGCGACUUCCCAAUGGACGUUUGGCAGAAUCUACCGAACAGUUCACAGAGGCCUGGAGGUCAAUUACCGAUGACCUCACCUGCAACGGGGACUGCGAUGACCUUUAUCGCAUGUGCACCGACCUGCGACUUUACCAGAGCCCUUGGAUGUGUGGCAACAUCAACGACCCAGGGAAUAGUUCUUUUUUGGCAUGCCACACGGUGGUCAAUCCUUCACCGUUCUUCAGGAACUGUUUGUACAACAUGUGUGUGAAAGAAGGAAACCGUUCGGCCCUUUGCUCAUCACUGCAAGCUUACGCCACUGCGUGUCAAGAUGCUCAAGUGGGACUCAGUUCUUGGAGGAGUGCCACCAACUGUCCUCUUCCCUGUCCAGAGAACAGUCAUUUUGACGAGUGCACCACUGCCUGCCCUCUGACCUGUACCAACCUGGACGAGCCUCAGGAGCCGUGCCCUCUGCCGUGUCUGGAGGGUUGUCGGUGUGAAGACGGUUUUGCGCUGCGGGACGGCCUGUGUGUCGCGCGUAGCGACUGCGGUUGCAUGAGCUAUGGUCGUCAGCUGGCCACGAAUCAGACUUUCUGGACGGACUGGGAGUGCCAGGAGCGCUGCUUCUGCAACGGCUCCGACAACAGCGUGUACUGUCAGUUCGCUCCCUGCGGUCCCGAGGAGUACUGCCAGGAGAACGACGGCUUGUACUUCUGUCAGCCUCGCACAGAGGCCUUGUGUGUGGCUGCUGGCUAUGGGCACUUUCUGCCGUUUAGCGGCGUGCCAUUUGACCUGCAGAGCUCCUGUACUACCAGGAUGGUCACCACCGACUGUGGAAGCGACGGCAGAGAGCCUGCAGUGACGAAUGGAGCUUUUCCUGAUUUUAAAUUGGCAGCUCGGAAUGAGGGGAGAGACACGAGCCAGGCGAUCUGGGUGAGGGGCUUUGUGCUGGACGUCUACGGCUUUGAAAUCGAAGUGUCUCGAAGCUACAAAAACACAGUCACAGUCAAUAAGGAGCGUUUAUAUCUACCUUUGAAGCUGGGCCCAGGAAAGGUCAACAUCUUCACCCUGGGCAUGCUGCUGAUCCUGGAGACGGACUUUGGCCUGAAGGUUGCUUUCGACUGGAACACGCUCCUCCAGGUGACCAUACCCCGAGUCCUUUACAACACCACCUGCGGCCUCUGCAAGGGCAUGCCCUCAUCCCCACCCACCAUAUCCACCACUGACUGGGGCAAAAAAUGGGCAGAGAGGGACACGUUCUGCCAGGUGGGUUGUGGGAACUCCUGCCCUCACUGCGGCCCUGAGGAGAAAAACGAAGUGAACAACGGCGCUCUGAUGCUCGCCGACUCCAACAUGAGCGACAGCCCCGACGAGGAGGCCAACGAAGUGGCCACAGGCAUUCGCUUUCACCUCGGAGACGGACUCUACGUGUUUGUGGAGCCCAAGGCCGUGAGGCUGUGUGGACUCAUAAUAGAUCGAGGAGGUAUGUUUGCACGCUGCCACAGCAAGGUGGCGCCAACGUUCUUUUAUCAAAGCUGCCUUCAGGACACCUGUUUGGAUCAGGGAGCUCAGGAUACCAUCUGCAACUGGCUGCAGAUCUAUGCCAGCGUCUGUCAGACGGAGGGAGUUCCUCUUACCGGCUGGAGGAGUGACACACCCUGUGUCCAGAGCUGUCCACCGAACAGCCAUUAUUCGGGCUGCAUGUCGGCCUGCCCGCCGCAGUGCGCCCCCGCCCGCGGACAGAGGGACUGCAGCCUGGACUGCGUGGAGGGCUGCCAGUGCGACCAGGGUUACGUACUGAACGGCAAGAGCUGCAUCCUGGCUCAGAACUGCGGCUGCUACACCGACGGCAAAUACUACGAGCCCAAGCAGCUUUUCUGGAAUGGUGACUGUACCAAACGCUGCCAGUGCAUCGGUCGGAACCUGGUUCAGUGCGACCCGCGGCGCUGUAAGACGGAGGAAGAGUGUACCCUCCGCUACGGCGUCCGAGGCUGCUUCGUGCGGCGCCCUCAGAACUGCAUAGCAUCAAGCGGUGGGGUUUUCAGGACCUUUGAUGGAGCGUCUCUCCGUCUUCCGGCCUCCUGCUCCUUCGUUCUGUCCACCAACUGCCACAAGCUGCCCGACCUCUCCUUCCAGCUCAUCGCCAACUUUGACAAGUGGAGCACACCCAACCUCACCACCAUUUCUCACGUCUACCUGUACAUAAACGAGGAGAACAUCCUCAUUUCUGGAAGCACCGUCAAGGUCAAUGGUACCCCAGUGUCGGUGCCGUUUGUGACGGGGUUGAUGACCCGCCUGUCCACAUCCGAAGGCUUCAUAGUCAUCGACACCCCGCAGGACAUUCAGGUUCGGUACAACCGCUUCAACACCCUGAGCAUCACCAUGGGCCAGAGACUCCAGAACAAGGUAUGCGGCCUUUGUGGGAAUUUCAACGGGGACCCCAGUGACGACUACAUCACCUCCAGGGGCAAACCGGCUGUCAGUGCCCUAGAGCUGGCUCAGAGCUGGAAGACCAACGGUAUGCAGAACAGCUGUGAUGAAACACAGUUUGUGGCUUUGGCUCAGACCUGCGACAAUGCAGCCGUCCUGGCUUUGCAGGCUGAAGACACCUGUCAGAAGCUAACGGACCUAAAGGGUUUCUUCCAGCCGUGUCACGGCCUAAUCGAUCCUCAACCCUUCUAUCAGUCCUGCUACCUGGACGGCUGCUACAACCAUCGCAGAGCUCAGGUCUGCGGUUCCCUGGCGGCUUACGCUGAGGCCUGCCGGUCCUUGGGGACCCUCACCACCAAGUGGAUCACCCAAGAGAACUGCUCAGAAUGGAUCUACGACCCUUGUGCAGGAGAGAUCUGCACAAACUUCACCUGCGAGCUGGAAAACGGCGGCGACCUGUGCGGCUGUCCCGAGCUACCUUCUAACCCAGCCACAGGCGACGAUGACAUCAUCCAGGCAGAGGUGAACUGUAAGCACGCUCAGAUGGAGGUUUCCAUCUCCAAGUGUAAGCUCUUCCAGCUGGGCUUCGAGAGGGAAGACGUGAGGGUCAACGACGAGCGCUGCGCCGGCGUGGAGGGCGAGGACUUCAUCUCCUUCCACAUCAACAACACGAAGGGACACUGCGGCUCCAUCGUGCAGUCGAAUGGAACGCACAUCAUGUAUAAGAACACCGUUUGGAUCGAGAGCGUGAACAACACGGGCAACGUCAUCACCAGAGACAAAACCAUCAACGUGGAGUUUUCCUGCGCCUACGAGCUGGACCUGAAGAUCUCCCUGGAGACGGUCCUCAAACCCAUGCUCAGCGUCAUCAACCUCACCCUGCCGACCCAGGAGGGAAACUUCAUCACCAAGAUGGCGCUCUACAAGAACUCCUCCUACCGCCACCCCUACAGAGAGGGGGAGGUGGUGCUCAGCACGCGGGACAUCCUCUACGUUGGGGUCUUUGUGGAGGGGGCGGAUGAAAACCAGCUCAUCCUCAUAGUCAACAUGUGUUGGGCCACGCCGUCCCGCUACAGCAGUGACCGCCUCCGCUACAUCAUCAUAGAGAGGGGAUGUCCCAACAUCAAGGACAACACCAUCGCCAUGGCGGAGAACGGCGUCUCGCUCACCUGCCGCUUCCACGUCACCGUCUUUAAGUUCAUCGGCGAUUACGACGAGGUCCAUCUGCACUGCGACGUUUCUCUGUGCGACUCCGAGACGAACGCUUGCAAAGUGAACUGUCCGCACAAGAGGAGGAUGUACUCUGAAGGCAGCGAGCACAAGGAGCACAUCCUCAGUGUGGGGCCCAUCCGGAGGAGAGAGUCUGACUGGUGUGAAGACGACAACGGAGGCUGUGAGCAGAUCUGCAGCAGUAAAGGGAACGGCCCCAUCUGCAGCUGUGUGACCGGGAUGCUGCAGCCUGACGGCAAAAGCUGCAGAAUCCUGAGCUCCGGCUGCAGCGUCGCUCCUGCAGAUCCUCUGCUGGGUUUCUCCUUCAUCCUUCUGGCUGCUUUUCACAGCCUCCUCCUCUCCUAACCCCCUGAGAAAACCAGGCAAUAAAUGACAAACGUCACACAGACAAGACUUGAAGAAGCACAAAGUGUCCUUCGUACGGUAGUCCACUUCACACUAUGUGCCAGACAAGAACCAGAAAAUUUGUUCAGAAGAUAGAUCUCCACGUUCUGACACAUGAAUCUGUUUAGAAAUCUGUGACUCUUUUUUAAAAAACAUUUUUUAGUUAUUUAAGUUCAGUAGAAAAUUUAAUUUGUGCUCUAUUAUGAUACAUUUGUGUAGAUAUGUUUUUGUAACAUUUUUAAAGAAUUCUGGCUGCUUUUUUUUAAAGAAUUUGAAUGAAUGUCAUAUAUUUGGCCACCAGAUGGCGCCAAAGACACCACUUUCCAAUUUCAAACAUUUCUAGAUAAAGUGAAAAUCAGGGAACCUGACCUGCUGCAAUCAGAACACAAAUGGAAUUCAAUCAUUUUUCAAAAAGUGAUCAAAUACAAAAUACAUGUGAGCAGAAGAAACAUCACACAUUUUUUUAUUCCUCUUUAUCAAACUGAACUUUUGUCAUUUUAUUGAAACAAUCUGAGCUGCAACGAAUAAUGGCUUUAACUGCAUAAAUUAGUGAAAAAAAAGCUUUAUUUUUCUCAAAACCUCCAGUUUUUGACUGUAUUGUCAUCAAAUAAAUGAUUUAAAUACAAAAACGUUUCUGAAAAAACAUGGAGGCAAACUUUUAGUUUUUAAAUUUCUCUACAUUUUGUUUUAUUCUUUUAGAUUAAUCUUGUUCUAUGUGUUCAAAUCAUUUUAUUUAAAAAUAGUCUAAAACCAAAAAAGUAAGUAAAAUGUCUUCAAAUUUGGCCUAAAACAAAGUUUCAUUUAUUGCUUUUAAAGUUUGAAUUAGUUAUUAAUUAAGGACAAAACUUCAUCUUAUCUAAACUUUUCUCCUUUUCUGUGAAAAUCAUGAUGAAUGUUUGACUCAAAAUAACUUUCUAGGCAUAAACAUCUGAAAUAAACAAAAAUAAUAUCUGAGUCGACAAAAUCUGGCAGAAAACCAUUAAUGUUUUUAAAAAGUGAAAAUAAAGUCAUUUGUUUUUGUUUGUUUGAUUUUGGCUUUUAAGUUUUUGGCAGCUUUGGGAUUUGAGUCUAAAACUUAAAGAUUAAUAUUACUUUAAUUUUAAUCUUUCAAAAUAAUAAGGAAAACUGAACAAAACAGAAAAAAUCUUAACCAAAAACCAAAGUACUUUUAUGAGUUUGCCAUGAGGUUUGUCGCCCCCUGCUGGCAAAAUAGACAAAUCACAGAUUUCAACAUUUUGAUUUACAAAAUAUUUGAGCCUACAGAAAACUAAGAAACUUUUAUUCACAGUUAUAAUAACCCACACUUUCUAUUGUAAAAUGUCAAAAUAAAUCCUAUUAGGAAUUUUUAAUAAUCUGUGUAAACUUUAUUAAACUGUUCAGACGUUCUCCUCAAAUUAUGCUGUGGACCGACAUUCUCACAUUAUCACCAAAACCUCAUUCAGAUUUGACAAGUUUUUGUGAUUUAAACUUUGUUUUUUGUUUUUGAUUUUAAUGUUGAGCCAUUUGUAGAAAGUGAAGUCGCUUCAGUUUAGGACCAAACUUUAUUCACAAAACUUACCAAAACGUGGAUGUUUGCUGAUGUUCCUGCAGAAUCGAGCCUUCUCGUCUGCAGCCCCACAUGAAAACUCCUAACGUCUGAAUGUCUCCACAUCACCCAAAAUACAGGCAAACAGUUUAGGAUGUGAAGCAGGAUUAAUGUGAUUAAACGCCAGAUUCAAGUUUUUUUUUUUUGUACAUGUUUCCGAGCUGCUUCUGUUUAAAUGCAGGAUUUUGAGGAAAACAAAGUAUUUUAAAAUGCAAAUAGAGGAAGACUUCAUUGCAGCUCAGACGGGGAGUAUUUAUGCGAGGACAGCACCUUGUUAAAUUAUUGAAACGUCACAUUUAUUGUAGCGUAAAAAUCUUUAGUUCCUUCAUUUCUGUCACAUAAACUGUAGUUUGCAUGUUGAAUUGAUGUAAUGUUGGUAGUUUUUUCUGCUUGCUGAAUUCUAAUGUCGGAUUAGUUUAAAGACAAUAAAAGUUUUGUUACUGUUUGUGUACAAAUGUACAGCCUUUUUCUUGAAGAGCAGCACCACCUUUAAUAAACUCGAAUGUUCUCACA